CUUGCGUACUCGUUCGCUCGCUCGCCUCGUUUUACUGUAUAGAACAGUCUCGCAAGUCUGUGCGCGUGUGUCAAUAGCGAAGGGUUGGUUUUUUUUCUUCCUCGAAAAAAUCUUAAGUAAAGAGAAAGUCGGAUAAAGGUCCUGGUGACGACGACAACGACGUCGUCAACGUUAUUCGAGCCAAUGGCUUGUGCCCUGGCUUCUUAGACGGAGGUCAACGAGCCGCAAGUGCUUUCCGGGGAAAAUCAUCCCCCGUUGACGUGUCAGUUGAAAUUCGUUGAAAGCGACGAGAGAGCCGGGGGAAAAAAAAAGUUGCCCUCGAGGUUACGGGGCCAAAGAUAUAAAGUGGGUGUUGCCGAAGUGACUUGUCUCGUGGUUAAACAAAAAUACUCGUUGUUUUUUUUAAAAAGGAGACGAUAUAUUUUUUUUCCCUCUCUAAAAUCAUGGAUUUUGUCAGUCGAUCCUCGAUUAUCUUCUUUCCACUUGAUGAUGAUGAUGACGAUGAUGAUAAUGUGAUUGCAAGUCUUGAAGUCGCCCUGACCGUGUCUCGGUAUCUCGAGGGUUGAACCGAUGUCUCACGAUGGGAGAAGAUGACGUUGGGAAGGGCACUGUCAUCAUCCUGAAGAUUUUUCCUGCGCGUAACAUCGUCGUGGGUGAAGCGAAUCUUCAUACGAUUCCAAGUUGAGGGUGGAGGGAAACGGAUGAGAGCGGUUUCAUCCGUCGCGAAGAGCGAUGAGCGAUCUUCAGGCCACCCUCGAGUUCUCUCUCGAGCUUUGCAAGUUUUACAAUGUCGAUCUCUUUCAGCGCGGAUAUUAUCAAAUCAGAACUGCUCUCAGAGUUUCGCCGAAGUUACCCAUCAAGGUUGAAGUUAAUCAAAUGCGAAAUCACUCGUUGGAAGCGCCGGGUACAAGCAAGCGUUUUCAGAUUUUCUAUCGAAACGAAGAGGUGACACUUGGCACGUCGGUCUUGUUUCGUGCGCACGUGCUCGUGCACAGUCACAAGAUCGAGGAGGUUCUCUCUCGUACCCACUUUAAUCUUGGAGUCGAGUUAUGGUUCAGCGAACCAACUCAACCCGGAAAUAUGGCAUGUGUAUCAUCGAGAGCCCUUCAACUGAAUUUCAUCCCGACAAAGGGCCUUCACUAUCAUCUGCCGGUGCUUUUCGAUUACUUUCAUCUCGCUGCUGUAUCCAUCACGAUUCAUGCUUGUCUUGUGGCUCUCCAUCAGCCAUACAUAAAGAAAAGUAUUCUUCAUUACGUUCAAAGUUGUGCUCCAAGAGGUGGGAAACCUUGGGUCCAGCUUAAAUCUCCAGCUAAUGCUGAUAACAAUCUUUUCUUUGGAAACAUAGAAACGACGACACGAUGUGUUGGAUCAGCGACGAGGAUUCAGCACGCAAAAUUAGUUCAGCAGGAAGUUACGAGAUUGCUCUUAGCGGCUCGCGAAUCUUUGCUCAAUGAUUUAGCUGAUCUUGCAAGGCUUCUGCCCACGUGGCAACAAAGAACCCUGGAAGUUGCUCAGAAUACACACAAAGAGAUCACUAAGAAGAUCGAUACUGAAGAGGCUGACAUCGCACAGCUUUGCGCUCAAAAUAUCGUUCUUUGGCAACAUUUUUUGGAAGCUUUCUCUGGCAGAGAAGCUAUUCAUCAACAUCUGGCAAGAGUUCAUCAUCAAUUAAGAGUGAAACGUUUUGCGGAAGGCUUCUUUGUAUCGGAAAAUCCCAGAACUUCAGCUGCCGGUUGCUAUGAUGCAAAUUAUCAAUCUUAUCAAGCAGUGAGCGAAGCAGCGAGGAGAUCACGUUAUUUAGCCGCGUUACCACCAUUACCAGUGCAUUGUCCCGAAUUGGAUGGAGAUCUUCAUACUCUGCCCUUGAUCUUUGAGGAUCAGUAUGCCGAUAUGCAGCAAAGGCACAGAAACAGCGUUUCUGAUAUAGAUGACUGCAGUUGUGGGAUAAAUCAAAUGAUGGAUUCACGAAAUGUGAGUGUUUGGUCGCCGCGAAGUGAGAGCGGUAUAGUGUCGGAUAUUAAUUCGAUUCAGGCUCGUUUUAUGUUGGCGCCCUCGGCACUUCCGGCACGUCAUAGUAAAUCACUGGAUCAAUUGGGACCGGAAAUAACGCCUUUGCAACCAAGGACAUCGCCAAAAACACUUCCAAGAUCGGCGUCGACGCAACUCUUUCCAAGACAGCAGCGUGGCGGUAGAAAUGUCACACCACCAACGACUGUUCCAUUAUCACGGGGACGUUCGAAAUCCUCAAUGUCUUCGGGAGCAACACUUAUUCCACCAUCACGACAACAGGCUUGUUCAGCACCAAAUCCAUCGUUGGGCUCAACACCGAUUGUCACACUUCCACGCGCUAAAUCCACUCAAAUGCUCGUGCCAAAUUCCUGUCAUCGUCCAAUUGACUCUCAGUCAACAUCAAUCACGUCAUUGCUGGCAGCGAUGUUCCCCGAAAUUCCGUCUGGCGACCACUUUCCCGGUUAUCGACCCUCCGCAAAAUCGUAUGAGCACAAUCUCACCGUACCCACCUGCGUGGGAACACUGGAUUUAGCUCAGCUCACCAGCUGUCUCACCUCAAACACCAAGGCUGCUAACCUCAUUGGCGACGGCACACAUUCUCUAGACACGAGGAGGAUAAGAUUAGAACCAAGAAGUCAUCGACUCGCUCUACGAGCACCGCACGCAAAUGAUCAAAUAAUUUUUGACUCGACCAAAACAACCACCAAUGGUAAUAGCUUAUUACCCGAGACUCAAGGUCUCUAUACAUCGACUCUUGAUCGUGUUACGUAUCGUGAUCCAAAUAAAAAACACGGUCAACAAUCAAGCAAUAAAUAUCAGUCGAAUACAUUCGACAAUCGACGUUAUCACACUUCGGGUAAAUCUUCCACUGCUCCGAGAAGCAGGGAACCCAACGAAAUUACAAACGGAACAAAUAGUCAUCAUUCACUUCUCGUCGAUCCUUUAAAUAAAAGAUCAAAUGGCGUCUAUGGAAAUCUCGAUUCCUUGUUCUAUCGAACAAAUGGCAUCAAUGGAAAAACUCCAGAGGAUUCCAAAAAACUUAAGAAACCAAAAAGUACAGAAAGACUCUUUGACGAUGUCCGAAGGGAAGAACCUCCGCCAAGAAAAGAGAAAUUGGAAAAAAUUUCUAAAGGAACGAAAAAUGGAACUUUGGAUAAUGACGAGAAACAGAGAAGAUUUGAAAAGAAAAUCGAAUCACCGCCGGAGCAUCUUUAUGAAGUAAUUGCAACAAAUACGGAAGUGAAAUCUGAACUUCGAUGUGAGCCAAGAAGAAGAGAUAGACAUGGAAGAAGACCUCAUUCAGCGCCAACAAUCGAUGGUGAUGAGAGAAAAAAGUGUAAUCACAGGAAUCGAAAACCAGCACCACCACCACCUGGCUAUCAGGAUUCGACGAUAGCAGCUCCCUUGCCUAAACGACCGACAUCAGUAUUGACAACCAGCGUUUUGGAAGUCGAAAACAACAAUAAAAUCAUUCUGAAAGUUGAGCCUAUCAAAUCGCCAGUUGAUCCAAUUGCCACCAAUGGUACCACACCUUCUGAUUCUUCUAUCGCCGGUGCACCAUUGCCAAAUCUAAGAAGACUGAGGUGCGCCAGCGUGCCAGUAGCUCAGAAUAAAAUGAUUGUACCACGAAGUGCAGUUUCAUUGCCCUGUAUGCCAAUUCGCGACAGUAAAGACAGUCUGAUUAAUAAUCAUCUUCCAAUUAUUGCAAAUCCUCCAAGUCCACCAUCAUCACGACCAAGUAGUCCCACACCGAGUUCAAGUUCGAGUAAUUUAACAUCCGAAUGUUCAGGAUGGGUGAGCAGUGGCGAUACAUCAAGUUCUGAGCAUAGACGUGGUAAAAUAUCAAGUGAACAACUUCGACAAAAAUUGUCGAAAAUCAUUGCACGAAAGGAUAAAUCGCCAAAAGAUACAAUUGUUGAUAAUUCAUACGAGGAGGUACGACUUCCACCGCCUAAAAUGUUUCAAGACGAGCCACCGCCACCAGAGGAAUUUCGUGAUCCUCCAGCGCCAAUUGAUAAUCCUCUCUAUCAUGUUUACGAAUCGGUGAAAAAAGCACGAAGUCCAAAACAAAAUAAAACGGCACCCUGUAGUCCGCAGAGAAAUAAAGACGGUUUCUAUAGUACGAGAGAUAUUUGUCUUGAUUGCUAUCAAGAGGGAAAGGAAUUGCUUCAAUCGACGCAGGAUGAUUUUAUUAAUUUCAAAAAAUGCAAGGAAGAAUUCAAGAGACAAAUGAGCUUCUCGGGAAAAAUUUAUAGUUUUAUCAGUUCACCAUCCUUUAGAGAACAUAUCGCCCCGCUGUUUCGUUUCCGUAAACGCGCUCAUCGUCAUCCUCUAAGACCCAUUGUGCCUCUUAGCGAUUAUCCCUCACUGGCUUCGACGAUGCCGUAUUUCCACAUCCCUGACGAAUAUCGAUUGCUUUCACCUGAGGGAGCACAUCUCAUCAUUUGCGUUCAUGGCCUCGAUGGAAAUGCAGCCGAUCUUCGUCUAGUCAAGACAUAUCUGGAAUUGGGACUUCCUGGAGCUCAUCUCGAUUUUCUCAUGUCCGAAAGAAAUGAGGGUGAUACUUUCUCGGACUUUGACACAAUGACUGAUCGUCUUGUGGGUGAAAUUCUUCACCAUAUCGAGAUUUCUGGUUUAAAUCCAGCAAAAGUAAGCUUCAUUGGACAUUCUUUAGGGACCAUCAUUAUUCGAAGUGCUCUCACCCGUCCUCAGUUGAGACCACUUCUUCCUCGUUUACAUACUUUUCUCAGUCUCAGUGGACCUCACUUAGGAACCCUUUACAAUACGAGCGGGCUCGUAAAUGCAGGAAUGUGGUUCAUGCAGAAGUGGAAAAAAUCGGGUUCUUUACUUCAACUGGCAAUGAAAGAUGCUUCGGAUGUUAGGCGUUCUUUUAUGUUUCGUUUGAGUCAAAAGAGUAACUUGCAAAAAUUCAAGCAUGUACUACUUUGUGGAAGUGCUCAGGAUCGUUACGUGCCACUUCAUUCUGCUCGUAUAGAACUCUGCAAGGCCGCUGUUCGAGAUCCCACUGAUCAAGGGGCGGCCUACAGGGAAAUGGUUCACAAUAUUCUUUAUCCAAUAAUGUCAGCACCAGGUGUCAGUUUAGUGAGAUACGACGUUCAUCAUGCUCUACCUCCAACGGCAAACGCCCUCAUUGGCAGAGCUGCGCACAUCGCCGUCCUCGAUUCAGAGCUUUUUAUCGAGAAGUUCUUCCUCGUGGCGGGUCUCAAAUAUUUUAGAUAAAAGAACGGAAUGUUUUAGCGUGAUGAUAAAUAUGAUAAAAUGAAAAAUUCUAGUAGAAAAAACAAAAUAACUAAGGACAUGAAAAUUCCGUCGUCGACGCAUGCCUUGGAAUCGCGAUAGUACAAUAUAAGUUUUUCUUUUUUUCAUUUUCUUUGUUUUAAUGCCAAGGCUCGUCCACUGAGUAGGCUAGAAUAAAUAUAUUAGAUUAUGCCGUGUUCAUGAAAAGCUUCUCUUUCGUCGUACAAAAACCAAAAGAAGAAAAAAUCGAAUCGUCGGUUCGACGAAAUUUUUACAAGUUUUACAAAAAAAAAAAAAUAAAAACAAAACCAAAAAAUUAAUUUCAUUUAUCUGAAAAAUGGGACGCAUUUUGAAAAUUUAUAAACCGACUUUAUUCUUUCAAAUUAAUUACUUAAUUAUAAAUUAAUUAAAACAUUAAUUAUUUCAUUUAAUUUUUAAAAUUAAACUCAAACAUAAUUGCUGAUUAAAAUUAAACUUAAUGGGAUAUAAAUUGAAAUUAAUAUAAUUUCUAUUCAUUUGAAAUUUUAAUUUUACAAUUAAAUUUUUCCCUUCGGGUAAUUUAAUAAAAGGUGUCACGAACUUUGACUCUUUCAUCGAAAAAUCGCAAUCGAACUUAAGGACUGUAACUAAAAGGAGGCCUACCUCGUUUUAGCAUUUCUAGAAGCGUUUUCAAUGUUCGAAAAAAUGUUUCGGCAAGCGCACUAGAAUUUUGUAUAACGUGAUUUAUCUCUUACAAUUUUUAAAUUAGUGUUAAGUUUUUUAUAGAAAGUGAAUGAGAUUUCAUUGAAAUUCGCAUGACUCCCAAAUAUAUAUAAAUAUAUAAAUGUACAUUUCUUUCCUUCUGUAGUGAAAGGAAAACAGUACUUAAAUCGAAAAAGAUUUUUUUAGAUAAAUUUUUAACUAAAAUUAAUAACUUUAUUUCAAUAAAAUUCUCUAAUUUUAUUUAAAUGAUUUUCAAUAGAAUUUUUAAUUUAAAUAAAAACUUUAUGUGCCCUUUCUUCUACAUCUUCUCCAAAAAUCAAUUCAUUCACAAAUUCAAUCACCACAAAAAUUAUGUGGCCUAAUCCGUGAGAUUUUCAAAUUACUUCAUCUCCCAUAAUAAAAGAAAGAACGUUUUUAAUUAUUUUUAUAUUUUUAUUUUAAAGAAUUUUUUGCUUUAUUACAUUUUAAUUAAUUUAUUAACAGUUUAUGAUUAUUAGUAUGUAAUAAAAAAAAUUAUUACUAUAGCUAAAUUGCGUUAAUUGAAAAAAAUGUCCGACGAUGUUGAGAAACAAAAAUUAUUGCCAAUAAUAAUUAAUUGAGUUAUUAGCAUUAAUUAUUAUAUCCAAAAAGUAGAGAGUCAAGUUGAACAUGUAUCAAAAAAUGAGGCGCAUCAAAAAUUUUUUUAGAAAUCUCGUGAAGGAAGAAAAGAAUCGCACGAAUUCGAUCCAUAGCAUUAAAAAUGACUGAAUUUUAAAUUGAUUUUUUAGGAAUAAAAUAACAAUCAUUAAAAAAAAUUUAGUGGUUUUAAAUACAUAAUAUAUAUACAUAUAUAUAGAAUAUAUUUCCAAAUACAUUCUCGCGAUUCAUUAUUAAGAGUUGAAGAAAAAUUCCUUAAUCGACAAAGAAAAUGUAUAAUAAUAAUAAUGGUUUAGUGUUUAAAUUUUAAAUUUUUACAAUUUUUAUGAUAUUAACAAGAAGAAAAUUUCGAAUAAAGGAUUUUUUCUACUACUCUUGUAAAAGGAGAAGUUGUAACUUAAAACCGAAUCCAUUUCGAAAAUACAAAAAAUUUUAUAUACAAAGAAAUACAAAAAAAAAUUACGCUAAUGUUGGUUUUUUUCAAACAAAAAAUCACUUUUAUACUUUGAGAUAAUUGUAUGUUUUUUUUUACAAGAAAAUAACAAACAAGUAUAAUGAAAUAAACAGUUAAAUAAAAGAUGAUUGUCAAGCAUAAUUAACAAAAUUGAAAUUUCCUAAAAUGAAGGAAAAAAAUGCAAAAUGGAUUCGGUUAUAAAUCAUUAAAAUAAAUGUAAAAAAAAUUUAGUAGGUUCGACUAUAAACGCAAUUUUAAAUUCAAGAAUUGAAUUUAAAUCUAAAAUUAUAUAAAAUUAUUAAAUUACAAACAAAAAUUCAAUAUAAUUAGAUUUAAAUUGAAUAUCUUUUUUCUUUAAUUAUUUAUAGGAAUAUUGUAAUUUCAAAUUUAAAGUCGAGCCUUAAAAUAUCUUUUUUUUAGAGUGAAAGAGUUAUAGAAUAGUUAUAAAACGUAUGUCAAUUGUUCUCCCUCAGAUAAAAUGUGCAUGCGUGUGAUGUGUGCGACGAAAAUUAUUACCAAGCAAUGCAAAAAAAAAAAAAAGAAAUGCGCGCGAAAACAAUUUUGCAAGGGAAGAAAUUUAUUAUUUUCAAAUAUUACAAGAAAAAAAAUUCUCAUUCAUUCUCAUUUUAUAAUCAUAAAUAAUUGUACUAUUUUAAUUUAAAAAACUAAUAUUUACUUAUUUCAUUGAUUCUGGACUUUUUUGACAAAUAUAUGAAUUAAUUUCUUUUUUUUUGCAAAAAAAGAAGAAAAAUUGUUAUAAAAAGCAUGAAAUAAAUGUUUAUUACUUUUCUUGUAAUAUUUUUUCAUAAGGGUUUAAAUGAGAGAGAAAUGCUUGUUAAAUUUUUAUUAUAGUUUUAAAGAAAUGGAUUUUUAUUUAAAAAGUGACUGUUUUGCAAAGAAAAAGAGUAAUAUGUGUGGAACAAAACGAAUAUUCGUAUAAAUAAUCAGUAACAGAAAAAGAAACACAAUCUCCCUCCAAUAGUUUUUAGUAAUUGCAAAAUAAAUUAAAUUUAUUAAUUAUUAAUAUAAUUUAAUUAAUUAAUAACUUGUUAAUUAUUUAGUUAAUCGUUUAAGUUUACUUAAUUAGUUUAUUGAUAUUAAUAAUUAUAGGGAUUCAUUAUUUAAUUUAGUUCAGAAAUUGUCUUCCAGGAGGAAUUUAAAAAAAAGUCUUUAUUAAAACUGAAAUCGAUGAGAGUGAGUUUAAUAAAUAUAUAUCUGCGCACACAUUCAAGUAUGUAUUAUUAAGAAAAAAAGUACAUUUUCCAUCUCGUAUAAAAAAAAAAUCCGUGCGCUUGUUAAAGAUGUAACGACUUUAAUACUUAUGAUUAUAAAAUCUCAAAAAUCUCGUCGUAUUUCCUACACGUUUUUUGAAACGAUCAAACAUUUUCUAAGCAUCGAUUUAAAAAGUUUAUAUUUCCAACGAUUAUUAUAUUAUAUAUCAUGAUAUAAAAUACAAUUUAUAAUUAUAAUUCUAUUCAAUAUCGAUUUAAAAUUUAUAUAAUGAAUCGUUUUUGAUUUUUUCAAAGAACUGAUAUGACUGUAGAACUUUUUCUAUAUUUAACAAAAGAAAAGUACUUUUUCAAACAGAAAUUGCGAUAAAAAAAUUUUUCUGUCUUAAACGAAAUUGUUUCUGACAAUUUUUUCCAAAUCCGCAACAAGGAAUUAAAAUAUUGUGCACAAAGAAUUAAAAAAAAAAAUUAUUAAAUAUAUUAACACACUACGUGAUAUUACGAAAGACGAUCAAUUUAGAUUUACUUCUAGAAUCUCUCGGUUUGCUUUUUUUUUAAAAAUGGGAAUUAAAGAAAUAAUAAUAUUAAUAAUCAAGGCAUUUUGAUUGCUGUCCUAUUGUUUGCUCAAUUACAUCGUUAUUAUAAUUGUAACAUUGAAGUCUAAUUGUGAAUUGACUUUGUACACUCGUCAUUUAAACAUUUUUAAUGGUAUAUACCUAAGGCACAAUUUUCUAGAAAAUUAUCAGAGUCACAACUGUUUACUGUAGGAUUUCAAAAAAUUGAUUAACAAGUUAGUUUUUAUAUCGAUUCUUAAUAAAUAAAUAAAUUAUCGAGAAUUGUGAGUCCAAGAAAUAAUUAGAAAAAUUUAAAUUACAAAAUUGCAAGUGAUUGACAAAGAAUACUUCAAAAUAGAAAAGAUAAAUAAAAAAAAAACUAACAAAUUGAAAUCCUAAAUAAACUAUAAUGGAAGUUUAUAUAAAUGAUUUUUAUUCGGGGAUAAUUUGCAUAUAGAAUUAUUGCAGUUUUGUGGCCCUGAAGUUCAGUGUUAUUUCUUUGGAAUAGAGAAUAAGAAAUGAAAACUUCCCAAAAAUAAUAAAAAAAAAAAACAUCUUGCAUGUAUAAAGAAAAGAAACAGGGAGAGUGAGAAAUGCUGUUUUUAAAAAAAUGGAAACACCAAAGAAAAAAAGUAACAGUGUAUACAAUAUACAUACGAUAAUGAUAUAAAGAAACUAUAUCUGCAUAAUGUGAAAUAGAUGAAUAAAAAUUGUAAUUAUUAUUAUUACUAGCUAAAAGAUUUUUAUUUCUGUAAAAUUUGGUUUUCUAUUUUUCAUUGAUAAAUAAAAAUUAUUUAUUAAUGAUUA